AACACCUGCAGACAGCACGAAGCCUUUCUACAAUCUCUUUAAAUUCCCUUUGUCUUGCGCUGUUAUUAACACCGACAAUCCUUUUAUAAAAUUGGCCUAAAGGUGUACGUUUAAGCUUUCGGUUUUCUUUUUAGUUUUCAUAAUCUUGGUUAUUAGGCUAGUUACAAAAUGCUUUGCAAUGGCUGUAACUGAAACCAAAACUUCAGAAUCCGGAAUACUCUUGCUGAAGUGGUAGGCUUAGCAAAUUUUGUUUAAUCGUGUCUUUUACAUAGCGGAAAUAAUUAUUGAUUUGGCUUUACCCCCUUUCCUCGCCCAGAACAUCGGUAGAGACCGAGGACGAUUCAUAUCUUUUUCCACAACGAAAUUAACUAAUGUACUAACUAGAUAAAGUGCUGAGAGCAGAAACGCUCCCUCCGCCAAAAGGGCAUAUUCAUGGGCAGUGUCGGGAAGGACAGCGCUCCGGAGGCCUCUGUCACAUCGCUAAGAUUACUGACAUUACAUCGCGAGAUUCUAGUGGAACAAGUGAAAAAUACACAGUGUAUUUUAGACAACCUGAGGAUCAAUGGCUACAUCUGCAACGAAGACAUUGAAAUCAUCCAUCGCGCAGCCACCAAAGCUGAUCAGGUACGCAAAAUCCUGGAGUUGGUUCAGAGCAAAGGAGAAGAGGCCUGUGCCUAUUUUAUUCAUAUUCUCCAUGAGGCUUAUGAUGCAUACAUUGAUCUUCGACCAUGGUUUAAUACUAUUCAGUACAUGCCUGCAGACUUUGUGAGGGAAAUUCCUGUGAUUAAUACAGACCCAAUUAGCAAAUACAUUGAGAAGUUGAGGCAGGAGCUUGGGAGAGACACUCAGUUUCUCACCUCCUACUCUCAGCAGGAGGACACUCUACUGGAGGAACUUUACACAGACACACAAAUGGAGAUGAUGAAUGACAAAGGUGAGAGCCUUGGGUACUUGGAGAAUCUGGAUGAGAUCCUAGGAGAACAAGGUGUAUUCAACCAGCAGGCUGAAACCAUAUUUAUCACUGGUGAUGCCGGUGUGGGCAAGUCCGUUCUGCUCCAGAAACUCCAGAACUUGUGGUCCAAGAGGGAGCUGAACACUGAAACAAAGUUUUUUUUCAAGUUCAGAUGUAGAAUGUUCAGUGCUUUCAAGGAUACAGAUAAAAUCUCUAUGAAGGAUCUUAUCUUCAAGUACAAUUGCUAUCCAGAUGGGGACCCAGACAGUGAGGUCUUCAAUUACAUUCUACGAUUUCCUCAGACAGUUCUUUUCACAUUUGAUGGUUAUGAUGAACUCCAAAUGGAUUUUGAUAUGGACAGUGUGCCAGAGGUGGUUUCACCUGAGGAAAGUACUCACCCACUUUUGGUUCUUAUGAACCUGCUUUGUGGAAAACUGCUCAGAGGUUCCUGCAAAAUUCUGACAGCACGGACUGGCACAGACAUUCAGAGCAGAAUCAUACAAAAGAAGGUGGUUCUGAGAGGGUUCUCACCAGACCAUCUUAAAAAAUACAUGGCUCGGCAUUUCCCAAUGCAGGAACAAAGGGCAGUGGUGUCAGUGCAACUGGAUGCCAGUCCUCACCUGUGUGGUCUCUGUUCCAUCCCUCUAUUCAGCUGGAUCAUCUUCAAGACCUUCAAGCACCUUCAGUCUGUGUAUGAUAAUUUUGAGCUGCCAGACUCUUGUAUCACCCUCACAAAUGUGUUCCUGCUGCUUUCCGAGGUUUUUCUGGGCCGUAAAACUAAAAAGCAAGGCCUGCUAAAGAGGAGCAUGAGCUGCACUGCUGGAAUAUUUAAAGCAGGACUGAAGAUGCUCACAGCCUUUGCUAAACUAGCUCUGUUUGGGUUGGAGAAGGGCAGCUUCAUUUACAGCCUGGAGGAGGUAAUGUCCUGUGGACUGAAUGAAGAGGAUCUACAGGUUGGGUUUCUGAGGCCUGUCAGUCACUAUGAUGCAUGUGGAGGUACCACUACCUUUGAGUUUCUCCAUUUGACCCUCCAGGCAUUCCUGGCUGCCUUUUCACUGGUGCUUGAUUCAUACAUCACUCCUGAAGGUAUUCUUAGGUUCUUUGCCAAAUGUGAGUACAAUAAGACAUCCCAUUUACCCUGCCUGUCAUGCUUCGGAAGGUCCUCGCAUCCUAGAGAUACAGACCCUUUCCAAACUAAUGAGCAUUUUCAGUUUACCAACUUAUUUUUAUGUGGCCUCCUGUGUAAAUCCAAUGCUGUGCUCCUGGAGCACAUUGUACCACCUGUUUGCCUGAAGAAAAAGCGUGUGGCUCUGAAAUCCUACCUGUCUACCAGUGUGAAGACGCACCUCAGGGACCUUCCUCGUUACCCCAGCACAGAUAUUGAAGGCAAUAAGGUGCACGUAAUGCCCAACUUCCUGUGGAUGCUGCGAUGCAUAUUUGAGACUAAUAGUGAAGAUGUAGCACGCCUUACAGCCAAAGGCAUUUCUGCAGAUUACAUCAAGCUUGCCUACUGUAAUAUUUACUCAGCUGACUGCAGUGCCCUGAACUUUGUGCUACAUCACCACAGGAAGUGUUUGGGAGUUGACCUGGACAACAAUAACAUCAAUGACUAUGGUGUGAAGCAGCUUAUACCUUCCUUCAGCAAAAUGACUGUUGUGAGGUUUUGUGUGAAUCAGCUCACAGACAGCAGCACUGAAGUUUUGUCUGAGGAACUCAUCAAGCACAAAAUUGUGAAGGUUUUGGGACUUUAUAAGAAUCACAUAACAGAUGUGGGAGCCAAACAUGUGGCACAGAUAAUUGAAGAAUGUCCUCAUUUGAAGACACUAAAGAUUGGAAGCAACCAUAUAACAAGUGUCGGUGCAAGGAUCCUUGCCCAAUCUAUUCAGAAAAGCAAAUCCAUCUAUGAUGUGGGAAUGUGGGGGAACAGCAUUGGAGAUGAAGGUGCAGAUGCCUUUGCUGAGGCAUUAAAGAAUCAUCCCAGUUUGACUAAUCUCAGUCUCUCGGCAAAUAGCAUCUCUUCUCAUGGAGGAAAAAGCUUGGCAAGAGCACUAAAAGAGAACUCCAGCCUUCAUAUUUUCUGGUUGAUUCAAAACGCAAUUUCAGAUGAUGCCGCAUCAGACUUGGCUGAAGCUUUACGGAGUAACUCGGCACUCACCCAUUUUAUGUUAAUUGAUAAUCAGCUGACUGUUCUUGGGGUUAGACUUAUGGUUGAAGGCCUGGCUCACAAUACAUCAGUAAAAGAAAUCAAUUUGAAAGGAAACCCUGUCUCUGAAGAGGAAAAGAAGCUCUUUGAAAAUGAGAAAAGACUUCGCUUCCACUAAGAAAAUACAAGACUUUGGAAUGGGUUGUUCUGGUAUAUGAGACAUUCUAUACUACAAGUAGUGUGGAGGGUAUGAAUCUUCAGUCACGCAUCUUCAGGCAUUAGGUACAUGGAAACCCCACCAUUGAACUUGGUUCAAUGAUUGUGAUGUCUCAUCAAUAUAUUUUUGGGAGUACCUAGUGAAUUCACAGAAUGAGGAAUAUGUAUAACAACCUGGCUACACAAGCACAGCAUUGCUGCUAUAUAUGCAUACCAGAUUCAUCCAUUCUAGAGUUUACCCUAAGAAAAAGUAUAGAUGUCAGUCACACUCACAACCAUAGACAUUUUAAGAGAUCUGUACUUCAAAAGGUUCUUUUUUAAUGCCACAUUUCUGUACACAAUUUUUACAUAAAUGGAAUGACAUAACACACUAUAUAUGUAUAUCACUUUAAAACUAUUGACCUUGUACAUGUAUAGUAUCAUGAGGAAGAACAUUUGUAUCUCUUCUUAUAGAAACUCUUUUCUGCAAGUGCCAAAUGGCAUUCAGGCUACACAGCUUGGAAAGCCAUCUUAAGAGCAAAUAAGGCAUCGUGCCUAAUAACUCAGUUAAGUACUACAGAACACCAGUAAAAGAUGGUUCCAUAAGGUAGAUUUAGACUUUGUUCUGACAGAUUAACCCAGGGCUCAGAUUAGCCUCUAGUAAAAGCAGCAAAUUAUACUAUGUAUAAUAAAAUUAAAUACAAUUUUGAUAUAUUUGGAUUAAUUAUUUAAUGAUGUAGUAUCCAAUGCACUUUGCUGAUUAGGUCAGAAUGAGUGCUCUGUGUGGUUCCUCAGUCAGAAAACCACAUCAGUGCCCAGCUUUGGAAAGAGUAGGAACAUGCUGCCAAAUAUUCUACUAGAAUAAAUCAUAUCUUGAACAUAAUCCUUGUCUCAAAAAGAGCUUUAUCUUCCCAUCUGCAAAUACAGUUAGCAGCUUUCACUUUGCACAUAUAGUACUACAUUACAAUUAGGGCAUAUCACAGUCUUAUGCUUCAAUGAGCUCCACAGAAUCUGUGCAAAAUCAGAUAUAUGCUUCCUCUAUCAACUGUUCAAUACUACCUGUAACCAAGUUCAGCACUGUUCUAUACACUGACAAAGUAUACUGAAUAAAUCCUAUGUUGAAUCA